AUGUGUGGUAUUUGCUUUUGUUUGCAUACACAGCCCAAUGCAGCAGUUCCGAUUGACUAUACUCCAUUAAAUGCACGUGGUCCGGAUUUUCAAAAACAAUAUGGACCUAUCGCCUUCACCUCAGAUUUAUACAUAACAUUUGCAGUCAGUGUUCUUUCCAUUCGAGGCUUCAAACAAGAACAACCAUUCGUUGAUGAAGAUGGAAAUGUACUUAUAUACAACGGAGAAAUCUACGAAGCACCUUUUCAAAUUAAAGAAAGUGACAACGAUGGAGUACUUCUGUUUGAUCAUUUUAAACAAUGUUCUACAGAUAUGGAUAUUUGUCAAUUGAUAUCGCAGUUAGAAGGCUGUUUUGCUUUCAUUUAUUAUCAAAAACAAACCAGUUGUCUAUACUACGGACGAGAUCGUCUCGGACGACGAAGUCUCAUGUAUGCAAUGAUUGAUGAUAAUCAAUCGAAUUUAAAGAUGAUUUUGACUUCUGUUCGUCUCCAGCAAUUCUCAUAUACAGAACUUGACUCAAGUAUUCUUCAUAAACUAUCCAUCAAAUCAACGGACGGUACAUUUCAAAUUGAUACAAUUCCAUAUGUUAAACCAACAAUAAAUAUUAUUUGUUCUGAACCACCCGAUACUCUGCUAACUGAACUGGAAAAUGAUUCGAUAUUUCAAAAUAUCUCCACAACAUUUUUCAAUCAAUUGCAUGCAGCUGUUCGACGACGUCUUGCAAAUCUUCCGACCCUCUGCCGACGAUGUAAGCGGUUGACGGAUGGAACUCUUCGUCCAGAAAACGGUUGUCCACAUGCUAAAUUAGCAAUACUCUUCUCGGGUGGAAUCGAUUCCAGUGUGUUAACAGCGUUAGCUGACCGAAUUCUGCCAAGUAAUGAACCAAUUGAUCUACUCAACGUAAGUUUCUUCUCAGAUGUUCGAGCACCACCACCAGCAGAUCGGCAAACAGGUAAUUCGGAAGUGCUAGUUUGGGAAAAUGAUGUGCAUUUAGUGGUUUUAGGCUUACAAGCACUAACGGAACUUAAUACAGCUCGGCAAUGGAACUUUGUUCAAAUCGAUGUUGACGUAAAUGAACUUCGGCACUAUCGUGAAAAUGUUAUCAAAACAGUGAUUUAUCCGUGUUCAACUGUACUAGAUGACAGCAUUGGUAGUGCUCUGUGGUUUGCUGCUCGUGGCAGUGGGAAACUUCAUCCUGUCAAUACAAUUUACGAGAGUCCAGCAGAGGUGUUGUUAUCCGGUUUAGGCGCUGAUGAACAACUAGCUGGUUAUUCUCGGCAUCGAUCAACAUUUCAAGCACAUGGAUGGAAAGGACUGGAAAAUGAACUCGAAAUGGAAAUUAAUCGAAUUUCCAAACGAAAUUUGGGGCGUGACGACCGAGUGAUCAGUAGUUUAGGUAAAGAAGUUCGUUUUCCGUUUCUCGACGAACAAUUAGUGAAUUACCUUCGUUCCGUGCCGAUUUGGUACAAAGCGGAUUUACGUUUAGGACGUGGUACCGGUGAGAAAUACCUCCUUCGCUACAUCGCUUGUCACAAUCUGUCUCUGUUCCAAUCAUCGAAGUAUCCCAAACGUGCGAUACAAUUCGGUUCGCGAAUCGCGAAACUUGAAAACCGAAAAGAGAAAGCGUCCGAUCAAUGUUCAAGAUUAACAAUAGACGACGAAGAUUAA